AUGGAAGACGUUGAGUCCAACAUUGAGCCAGCAAGGACUGAAUUAAAUAACCCUCAAGCCAACAAAGGUCCCUCUAUCAGAAUUCAUAAAGAUCUUCCAAAGGAACUUAUUAUUGGAAAUCUUGAUGAAGGGGUUACCACUAGAUCCAAAGAUGUGAUAUCCAAAUCUUGUUUUGUCUCAAAAUUGGAACCUAAAAAUGUGAAAGAGGACUUGACUAAUAAAUUAUCUAGCAAACUAGACAUCAAUUUUGGUGUAGGAGUAUGUGCUAGAUAUCAGGCUGAGCCUAAAAUCAGUCACAUUACUCAAGUGAAGAGGAUCUUGAAAUACAUCAAUGGUACUAGUAAGUAUGUGGUGCACGAAACUCCAAUUGAUAGUAAGAAAGAUGACCCUGACGAUAAAAGUAUGUAUGUUGAUGAGGAGAAAAAUUUGUCUGAAGAAGAAGAAAUUACUAGUGUGAAGAAGGAUAAAUAUACUAAUAUUAUAAAUGUUGAUGAUCUAGAUUCUGAUGAUGAGCCUAUUAGAAAGAGAUUGGCUCUGAGUAUUGCUAAAAGAUUAAGGAAUAAAACAUGGAGGGAUGAUGCAUAUGCAAGCAAGGCAUUUAAGCUCCCAAGAAAAGUGUUGUUGUUGGACCUACUAAAGAAAGCUGUUGGGAAAAAAGUCCCUGCUAAUGUGCCUGAAGUUCCCAUUGACAACAUCUUUUUUCACUCUGUUGAGAAUGUUGAAAAACUAAAGUUUAUGUACCAAAGGAGGUUGGCUUUGGAAAGAGAACUUGUUAAGGAUGCCCUUGAAUAUAAGGAGGUAAUAAGUCUUAUUGAGAAUGCAGGAUUAAUGAAGAGUGUUGUCAGGUUUCGUAAGUAUUAUGAAAUGCUAGUGAUUAACAUGUUUAUGGGGAGGUGUGAGGAUGAGCAGGUUGAAGUAGAAGUAACUGAUAACAUUGUUUACAAAGAAAUCACUGCCAAAUUGGUGUCACAAUGGCCAAUAAAGGGAAAUCUAUCAACUAGCAAGUUGAGUGUGAAAACCAAAACCAAGUUUGAUUUUGGGUCUUAUAUCUUUAAGAAAACCCUAAAGCAUGCUAGUACUUUUGCUGUAAAAAUUCUUAUUGAUUUUCCCUCUCUAAUUUGUGGAAUAAUUUUGAGUCAACAACCUGAGUCUCCUUUAUCCUUGCAUUAUAGGUUGUUUGCAGGGACACAUGUCCCAAACAUUGUCAUGACAUCUGGUAAGGAAACUGCCAGCUCAACCUCAAAGGAUGGAAUAAUUGUUGGACUGAAAGAUACCUGCAAGGAUUUGGAUGAAACUAUCAAAACUUGCACUGAAAUGAAAAUCAUACUAGAAAGACUGAUCAAAGCUUUAACUGAGGAGGGUACUGAUGGUAAUAUGGUUAUUCAUGUGGAAGAAGAAAAUGAUGAGGAUGAGAAUUCUGAUGCAGAUGUUGCUACUGAAACAAAUGUUAGUUUUAACAUCUGA